AUGCGCACAUGCCCAACGGAGGAAAAGGACGAUGCCCACCAAGGACGCUUUCUAUGCGGAGCUGGACCGAGCUUAUGGCCGCUGUCCUUCCAUGACAUUAAAAUUCUCCUCGGGGAUUUUAAUGCCAAGCUUUCGGCAGAAGAAGUGCUUGGACUCCAGCGUCCUCUAACAAGGAAUCCAUGGUACGAUCAGGAGUGUCAUGACGCAACAGCUGCAAAGGACGCCGCCUACAGAAGAACACUGCAGGCUGGGGCGACACGAGCUAUGGAUGUCUACAGGUUGAGAAGAAGAUACGAAAAACGCCUUUUCAGACGCAAGAAGAAAGAGCAGGAAAGGCGAGAGUGUGAGAGCAUAGAGAGCAGCAGAUGCAGAAAUGAAGCACGUAACUUCUACCAGAGGGUCAAGCGUCUGACCCAAGGAUUUAAGACUGGUGCAGUGGCGUGCAGGGACGAUGAUGGAAAUCUUGUCACAGAAGCAGAGGUCGUGCUGAAGUUAUGGAGGGAUCACUUCUCGAGUCUGUUAUCUGGCUCAAGCACAGACUCUGAAGACUAUGAUCCACGAACCCCAAUCUAUGGCACUGAUAUUGAAGUGCAAUCCCAAGUCAUAUUGAAGUCAAGGAUGCAAUCCAACGGCUUAAAAAACAACAAGUCUGCAGGUGCUGACGGCCUGCCGGCAGAAUUGUUUAAGGCAGCUGGUGAUGAUAUGUUGGUAGGGAGCAUGCACCAACUAAUCAGUAAGAUAUGGCUCACGGAGAGCAUGCCCGAAGAUUGGAACCUCAGCAUGAAUCUGACCCAUCCUGAAGAAGGCACUGAUUGGACCUUAUCAGUGCGGGUUCAGGCCUGGCAAGUCCACCGUGACCAGAUUUUCACCUUGCGCCAAAUCCUGGAGAAGUCUUACGAAAACCAGAUCGACACGUACCACCUCUUCGUCGACUACAAAGCCGCAUUUGAUAGCCCCCGGCGAGAUCGCCUAUAUGCCGCCAUGUCUGAACUUGGUAUACCACCAAAGCUGACUAGACUUUGCAGAAUGACAUUGAGCAACACCAUCAGCUCUGUCAAGGUAGGAUGUGGCCAAUCCGAAACCUUUACUACCAAGUGUGGCCUCAGACAAGGUGACUCGCUGUCUUGUAUACUCUUCAAUAUUUUAAUGGAGAGUAUUAUAAGAAAGGCUGGUGUACAUCGGACGGGCACGAUAUUAACCAACAGAUGUGUCCAGCUCCUUGGUUACGCUGAUGAUAUUGAUAUCAUUGGCCGCACCAAGCCGUGA